GGAGUGAUUUUUUUAUCAGGGAGUGAGGAAGUAAUGUUUACAUUACUUUCGCUAAAUUUUAUCAAAGAAAGAAUUUCUUCAUCAAAUUAUUAAUCAAAAUAAAAGGUAAUUAUGCUUCGUAUACUCACCAGAUUAAACAUCCCAAAGUCCUCAUUGGUUUCCAAUCAAAGGAGCAUUUCAACAUCUUACAGAUUAAAUGAUAUUUUCAAGAUUCAGAGUGAAAAAGAUUUUGAGGAAAGAGUUAUAAAAAGUAAAACUCCAGUGGUUGUUGAUUUUUUUGCGACAUGGUGUAUGCCUUGUAAAAUGUUAACUCCGAGAAUUGAGGCCGUCAUUGAUGAACAUAAAGGGAAAGUUUCAUUAGCGAAGGUUGAUAUUGAUGAACUGACAGACCUUUCUCUUGAAUAUGAUGUUCAAUCAGUUCCUGUUUUGGCUGUGGUAAAGAACGGAAAAGUUACUAAUAAAAUGAUUGGAUUACAGGAUACUGAUAAGUUGCGUCAAUGGGUUAGUGAAAACAUUAAAAAUUAAUAGAAGUCAAAUCAAUUCAAGCUGUAUCGCUAAGUUUAAAAAACACGUUUUGUAGUGUAAAAAAAUCUAAUAAAUUCGUAUUUAUGAAUUCUGAAUGCUAAAAUUCUU